CAGCCUGCAGCCCCGCGUUUGGAGCCAGGAUCGUUCAGAGGAGUCUGACAGCAGAGACUCCCAGGGCUCAGGCAGGGCAUGUGUGUGCUGCAUUGGCGCUGAGCGCCAGGCUGGGGAAGGGGCUCAUCCCCUGGAGAGAAGCGGCCCUGAGCGGCUUCUGCUUGCUUGGCUCUUUGAAAGGCAGGCGCUGAGGUUCUGGGAGGGGAUGCCUGGCCAGCUGGGGCAACCCUGAGACAUAGGCCUGCUUCCCUGCCUGCUGCCCCCUCCCCAGAAGCCUAGCCUGCCCGUCUGGGGGGGUUUGCUCAUGGAAAGCCGUCCAACCUCCCACCCACACCGAGAAGUUUCCCUUGAGAGCCGCAGGGCCUGGGGGAACAUGCCCAUGGGGCUGUGUGGGGGAGGAGGACCCUCACCCCAGAGCCGUGCCUGAGGAUUGAAUGGCAGGAGAGGUUGGCACGCAGAUUUCCUUCGGGAGCUGGAGUUCAAGGGCAGACUCAAGGAACUUUGAAAGCAUGGCUGAGAAGGAAAGAUGAGCAUCUCUGCACUUGUCUGGGAAGGGGAGGAUGCCGGCUGAGGCCGGGGAGGUCUGGCGCUCUGCUCUCUGUCCCCAGCAGCCUUCUCCAUGUGCUGUCCAUGGUCCACACGGUGUCAGAUGGAGGUUAGGAAGACCAGGGAGCCGAGUAACAAGCGGGUCAAGCCCCUGUCCAGAGUCACAUCGCUGGCGAACCUCAUCCCUCCGGUGAAGGCCACCCCACUAAAGCGGUUCAGUCAGACCCUGCAGCGUUCAAUCAGCUUCCGCAGCGACAGUCGCCCUGACAUCCUGGCCCCACGACCCUGGUCCAGAAAUGCGGCUCCCGCAAGCACCAAGCGAAGGGACAGCAAGCUGUGGAGUGAGACCUUUGAUGUGUGUGUCAACCAGAUGCUCACCUCCAAAGAGAUCAAACGCCAAGAGGCGAUAUUCGAGCUUUCCCAAGGAGAAGAAGACUUGAUCGAAGACUUGAAAUUAGCAAAAAAGGCCUAUCAUGAUCCCAUGCUUAAGCUCUCCAUAAUGACGGAGCAAGAACUGAACCAGAUUUUUGGAACACUGGACUCUCUGAUCCCUCUGCAUGAAGAUCUUCUUAGUCAGCUUCGAGAAGCCAGGAAGACGGAUGGGUCUACUGAGCACGUUGGCCCAAUCCUAGUGGGAUGGCUGCCGUGUCUCAGUUCGUACGACAGCUACUGCAGUAACCAAGUGGCCGCCAAGGCGCUGCUGGACCACAAGAAGCAGGACCACCGCGUGCAGGACUUCCUUCAGCGCUGCUUGGAGUCACCCUUCAGUCGGAAGCUGGACCUCUGGAACUUCCUUGACAUCCCCCGAAGUCGGCUAGUGAAGUACCCGCUGCUUCUCAGAGAAAUACUGAGGCACACUCCGAACGACAACCCGGAUCAGCAACACCUAGAGGAGGCCAUAAACAUCAUUCAGGGGAUCGUGGCUGAAAUCAACACCAAGACGGGAGAAUCGGAAUGCCGCUAUUAUAAGGAGCGACUGAUCUAUCUGGAAGAGGGACAGAAGGACUCCUUGAUUGACAGCUCGAGGGUGCUUUGUUGCCAUGGUGAACUGAAGAACAACAGGGGUGUGAAGCUACACGUCUUCCUGUUUCAAGAAGUGCUUGUCAUCACUCGGCCCAUCACCAACAACGAGCAGCUGUGCUACCAACUCUACCGGCAGCCAAUCCCUGUGAAGGACCUCCUGCUGGAUGACCUGCAGGAUGGAGAGGUGCGCCUGGGCGGCUCCAUCCGCGGCGCUUUCACCAACAACGAGAGAAUUAAAAACUUCUUCCGGGUCAGCUUCAGGAAUGGCUCCCAAAGCCAGUCCCACUCCCUGCAGGCCAGCGACACCUUCAAUAAGCAGCAGUGGCUUAAUUGCAUCCGCCAGGCCAAAGAGACAGCAGUGUGUGCCGAGGGCCCCGUCGGGAUGCUGGGCCCCCAGGAGCCCACUCCGCUGCCUGCCCCUCUCGGCGGAGAUGCCAAGCUGGAGCAAAUGGACCAGUCCGGCAGCGAGUCAGACUGUAGCAUGGACACAAGCGAGGUCAGCCUCGACUGUGAGCACAUGGAGCAGACGGACUCUUGUGGCGGGAACAGCAAACAGAUAGAGAGCGAUGUUUGACCGGAACCUCUCCGUCCUCUCCCGGCCUGCUCACCUGUACAGUAUUUGCAUUCCACAGACAGAGCGGUUUUGGAGAAGCACUUUUUGUAGCACCUGCCUGAUGGUGUCCAAGGCCCCUGUCUUUGUCCUUUGGCCUCAGUUGCUGUAACUGCCAAUCUGUAGGCUGGACCCCAAGCAACAUCAUUUCCCUAGGAGUGUCAGCCUAGAUGAGUGACUUUCACUUGUCCUGCUGGGGAGAGAAGGAAUAUCAGAGCCACUGAUCUUUCUGGAGGGUUCUUCUAGAUGCCCAACACAGAUGAAAGGGGAGGGGGGCCAACAAGCUUCCCAUGUGUCUUAGAAUGUCAUGAUAACAUCUGAGAAACGAGGGCAGGACCAGGGAGAGUCAAUGGCUUGGAUUAACCUCAGGUCAAUACCGUGGUCUUGGGCCAUAGAAAUGACCAGACCACGUCACUGGGGAUCCCGGGCAAUGAAUUUUCCAAUGAGUGAAUGUAGUGAGCAUCGAGUGGGCCUUGUCCUUGGUCCUUUUGUACCCCUAGAUGGACACACCAAGACAUGGGAAUGAAAAACUGAAAUAAAAACAAAAAACACAACCCACCAACCUUCAGGAUGGUGGUGAUGGUUCUGUUUACAAGUACAGGACAGGGAGGAAAGGCUUGGGAGGGCGAAUUACUCUUCCUUGACCAUCUGGGUGUGAGUUGGGAAUGUUGGAAUGGAAAUCAUGGAUCCAUUUUCCAUCUGGGAAACCACCCCCAUCCUUCACCUCUGCCUCAGGGCUUGCUCUGCUGUGGCCUCUCACCCUGGGCUGUGACCAGAAUCAUGUUGGUGUUUGCCAGACCCUGACUCGGUUCAUUCUAGAGUGGAUUUGAAUCAGGUCCCUCACCAACCCAUGCAGGCCUAUCCCAAAGGCCAGAGACACUUGCCCAUCAUUGUCGUCAUCAUUAUCAUGGAUUGGCAGGGCAGGGUUGGGUUGUGAGCUUUAAGUAAGUAUGCUAAAUACACUGAAAUUCUCCCUUAGGGUGUAAAUAUUAAGGCUGAACUGUGCAAAACUAUACCCACACCAGCACUAGGAGUAAUAAUGCUAAGUUAUUGCCAAAAAUGGGUGGUUGUUGUUUUUUUGUUUGUUUGUUUGUUUGUUUUUAUCUUAUGUGUCUUACAAGUUUACAAAAAAGAAAGGGGAUAAAUAUAAUGUGUCAGUUACCUUGUACAUAUCCCAUGUGCAUUAAAGGAAUUUGUGUGACAAGAUCAUCAUUAUUGAAAAGAACACCCAAGGUAUAAGUACAUUAUUAUUUUAAAAAGAAACGAUUUGUGCUCAAUUUUCCCCUGUAAAACCUAUUUCUGUAUUUAUAGAUUUUAAACAAGGUAAAUUUUUUUUCUAUUACAAGUUUAUUUAAAAGUGGUUUGUUUCUCGAGGGGAGCAAUGUGUUGAGUAACAGCCUACCAGUGAUAAAAGUAAGGCGGGAAGAAAAAGACUCUUGAGAAGGGAACCAUCUUUUGAGGAGACCCUGGGCCCUGGGCUGGCUAAGGUGUUGGGAAAAGAAGCGGCUCCAGCUUGGCCCCAGGAACAGAAAGUCACUGAAGGCUCCAAUGGAGAAGGUUUUUGUGUAAAGGCCUUAAACUUUUCUGGAAGCAUUUCAAAUAAAUUACAUUAAAUGGUCCUGUGGUUU